CCUCUCGGCUCCCAACCUUCCCUCCGCGCCAGACCCGGCCCCGCCGUCCGGCAGCUCUCCUUCCCCCUGCGGCUCGUCACCUCCGGGGUCCCAGCCUACACGGGCCGGGGCCGCCGCCGCCGCAGGACGGGGCGGCGGGUCAUGGCGUCCUGCGUGGGGAGCCGGACCCUGAGCAAAGAUGAUGUGAACUACAAGAUGCAUUUCCGGAUGAUCAACGAGCAGCAAGUGGAGGACAUCACCAUCGACUUCUUCUACCGGCCGCACACCAUCACCCUGCUCAGCUUCACCAUCGUCAGCCUCAUGUACUUCGCCUUCACCAGGGAUGACUCUGUUCCAGAAGACAACAUCUGGAGGGGUAUCCUCUCUGUUAUUUUCUUCUUUCUUAUCAUCAGUGUAUUAGCUUUCCCCAAUGGUCCGUUUACUCGACCGCAUCCAGCCUUAUGGAGAAUGGUUUUUGGACUCAGUGUGCUCUACUUCCUGUUCCUGGUGUUCCUCCUCUUCCUGAACUUCGAGCAGGUUAAAUCCCUGAUGUACUGGCUGGAUCCGAAUCUUCGAUACGCCACAAGGGAAGCAGAUGUCAUGGAAUAUGCUGUGAACUGCCAUGUUAUCACCUGGGAGAGGAUUAUCAGCCAUUUUGAUAUAUUUGCUUUUGGACAUUUCUGGGGCUGGGCCAUGAAGGCCUUGUUGAUCCGUAGUUACGGUCUAUGCUGGACAAUCAGCAUUACCUGGGAGCUAACUGAGCUCUUCUUCAUGCAUCUGCUGCCUAAUUUUGCCGAAUGCUGGUGGGAUCAAGUCAUCCUGGACAUCCUGUUGUGCAAUGGUGGCGGCAUCUGGCUGGGCAUGGUUGUUUGCCGGUUUUUAGAGAUGAGGACUUACCACUGGGCAAGCUUCAAGGACAUCCAUACCACCACUGGAAAAAUUAAAAGAGCUGUGCUCCAGUUCACUCCUGCUAGCUGGACCUACGUUCGAUGGUUUGACCCCAAAUCUUCAUUUCAGAGAGUGGCUGGAGUAUACCUUUUUAUGAUCAUCUGGCAGCUGACUGAGUUGAAUACCUUCUUCUUGAAACAUAUCUUUGUGUUCCAAGCCAGUCACCCAUUAAGUUGGUGUAGAAUUCUCUUUAUUGGUGGCAUCACGGCCCCCACUGUGAGACAGUACUAUGCCUACCUCACCGACACACAGUGCAAACGCGUGGGAACACAGUGCUGGGUGUUUGGGGUCAUUGGUUUCCUGGAAGCUAUUGUUUGCAUAAAAUUUGGACAAGAUCUCUUCUCUAAGACCCAGAUUCUCUAUGUUGUGCUUUGGCUUCUUUGUGUGGCUUUCACCACCUUCCUGUGUCUGUACGGCAUGGUUUGGUAUGCAGAGCACUAUGGUCACCGAGAAAAGACCUACUCAGAAUGUGAAGAUGGCACGUAUAGUCCAGAAGUCUCCUGGCCUCCCGGGAAAGGCACAAAAGGUUCUGAAGACAGCCCGCCCAAGCAUCCAGGCAACAACGAAAGCCACUCUUCCAGAAGACGGAAUCGGCAUUCCAAGUCAAAAGUCACUAAUGGAGUUGGAAAGAAAUAAAAGACCCUGGUGAAUCAAAGAUGUUCCGAAGAGUGCCUAGAACCGCAAGAGAAACGGAAUGGCUUGGGCCUCCCUGUGAGGAAGUCAAGCGUACAGCGCCACCGAGAGGCGGACAGGGGGCUUUGGGGGUCAUUCUUUGCGAGUGUAAGUCUUGUUUCCGACAGACCGGCCACAUCAGGCUGCUCACCACCUGGGGUCCUUCCCCAGCCUGGGGCCCCUUCUACCUUCUGCACCUGGCCAGUGGUCCCUGAUAGCACUACAGUGUGUUUGAAGGAAAGGGGUUAUUUUCUCACAGUUGCCAAGGUCAGCUUUGUGCUUGCGUGUAUUGUGGAUACAGUUUAAAUAUCUUCGUUCAGGCAGAGCAUUAGCCAUAUGUUAAACACUGGUGACUAGAUUUUUUUUUUAUGAAUCUGCCUUUCCAUUUGACGGAUUGGUUUUCAGGCUACUUUUUGUCUUCUGUUUUGUUGUUACUUGUUUUAAAGUUAGAAUGCUUAAAAGCCUUCAGAAGCCACUGCUGAAGUUGAAUUGGGAGCCCCCCCACCUCCCAGAGCAGAAAAAGGGAGAGCUUUUGUGUUCCUUUUCAGCACCCUCAUCCCCUUUGUAGGACCUGAAACCAUGCGGUGGGUGUAAGCCAGUCUGAGGAAAGGUUAACUACUUGCAUAGGAUCCUGGGCUUCAGAAGAGAACCUUUUUCCAUUCCAAAUGCCAUCUGUCCAGACUUACCUGUGAUGCACCCAAGUAAACCUGCGUGAGAGGCAGUGCACACUGCAGCUUCUCCCCCAGCCAGGUGCCUUUUGCAUUUUAUUUGUUUUCCUUCCACAGUGCAUUGCUGACAUUGUCUUUUGUCCUAUGUGAGGUGCUGGUGAGUAUUAGCUUUCAUCUGUGCCAUGCUCUAGAACAUUCACCCUGGUAGUUCACCACCACUGAUGGAUCCCUGUUUUAAAUAAACAAUUCACAUUAAAGCCUAUCCAAAGA